UCCGACGGAGAUUCAGGGAAAGAUGCUCAAGUGAUAAGCCCAAACAGGCCACCGCUCCUCGUCGUACGUUGUGUAUAACUUGUGGUACCUUGUACCGAGACCACCAACCUUAAAAUCUUCUUCCUCCCUUCAUUCACCUACCCAUAUUCAAUAAUUUUCAACAUUUGCAUCUCAAGGAAGCGUUGUUCCAAUUCUGUAUUCUUUCUGCUUCUGGGUUGAUCCGCAGAAGACAGAAAGAAGAAGAAGAAAAACAAGAAAUUGAUUCGAAUUCUUUUUUAAGCAGCAGUUUCUUUUUAUUCCUAGUUCAAAUCCAUGGCUUUCUCGAUCUCACAGUCUGGUUUGAUUUCUACAAAGAGGUUAAACUUGUGUCCGGCAGUGCCUAGGGUUCUUCCACUUCCCCAGUUCGCGAAAGCCAAGGUUGUAAACGGAGAUGUGUCGAUCAAGAGGCCUCUACGCGUCUCCUCUGUUGCAAAGUUUGGAUCUUUGGAAUCAAGAACCCUAAACCCUAAGUUCAAGAUCAGUUGCAGAGCUCAUGAGGGCGACCAGGCAAGGCCUUUGGAUCCCGAAAUCGAUCGAGUGCCAAAAUCAGAGGCUGCCCAGAAGCUCAAAAUCGGCAUUUACUUUGCCACUUGGUGGGCUUUGAAUGUGGUUUUCAAUAUUUACAACAAGAAAGUUCUAAACGCCUUUCCAUAUCCAUGGCUGACCUCAACUCUCUCUCUGGCGGUUGGUUCUUUGAUUAUGCUCCUCUCUUGGGCUACAAGAAUUGCUGAAACCCCCAAAACUGAUCUUGAGUUCUGGAAGAACCUGUUCCCGGUUGCAGUGGCUCAUACAAUUGGGCAUGUAGCAGCAACGGUAAGCAUGUCAAAGGUUGCAGUGUCAUUUACACACAUAAUAAAGAGUGGCGAACCAGCAUUUAGUGUGUUGGUGUCACGGUUUUUGCUCGGUGAGAGCUUCCCCGUUCCGGUCUACUUGUCCCUCAUUCCGAUCAUUGGUGGUUGCGCACUUGCAGCAGUUACCGAGCUCAAUUUCAACAUGAUCGGAUUUAUGGGGGCGAUGAUAUCAAACUUGGCGUUUGUGUUUAGGAAUAUAUUCUCAAAGAGAGGAAUGACUGGGAAGUCUGUGAGUGGGAUGAACUACUACGCCUGCUUGUCUAUGUUGUCUCUGGUGAUUCUUACACCUUUUGCUAUUGCCAUGGAAGGCCCCCAAAUGUGGGCUGCUGGCUGGCAAGAAGCUGUUUCUCAAAUCGGUCCCAAUUUUGUUUGGUGGGUGGCUGCACAGAGCAUAUUCUAUCAUUUGUACAACCAGGUGUCGUACAUGUCGCUGGAUCAGAUAUCUCCAUUGACAUUCAGCAUAGGGAACACGAUGAAGCGAAUUUCGGUGAUUGUUUCCUCCAUCAUCAUCUUCAGGACACCUGUUCAACCGGUCAAUGCUCUUGGAGCCGCGAUCGCUGUCCUAGGAACCUUCAUUUACUCCCAGGCUAAACAGUGAGUGUGAUAAAUGGCUGAAGGAUCAAUCUAUCUAUGAAGAUGGUUGGGAUCUGCACAGCUGAGGUUUCAUAGUUUUUUGUUUUGUUUUUGUUUUUCAUUCAAAAUUACUUGCUGAACUUUUGUGGAUUCCUGGACUGGGAGUAUACUGUCCAUGUUUUUUUUUAAUGUAUGCAAUGGUAGAAUAAGAGAAGAGAAGUGUGUAGUUAAUAUUUUUAAGAUGCUAAAGUUGAAGUGAUAAGACAAUGAGUUAGAGUGUGUUUGGUUGGGGUA